AUGGCUAGCAACUCGCGAUCGCGUAGAAGUAGUGAGAUUUGGGGUUUCUUCGCCGAUUUAGGUGAUGGUAAAGCAAAAUGCAAUUAUUGUUCUAAGUGUAUUUCAUAUAAAGGAGGAAAUAAAUUUAAUCUAGCGCGUCAUGUUCGAGUGCUGCAUCCAACAGUGUCAUUGUCAGUCAGGCGCUUAGCGCCCCCUGCUCCUGCAUCUUCCGAUAUUUGUUGGAUAAAAAACCCGGACAAUACGGAACCAACAUCAGCAAAUGCCAGAAGCGAACAGCAGUUGGUGCCAGAUAAUAACAGUAUCACUUCAGUAUCAGAAAGCAGACCUCAAUAUCACGGAACAUUACCCAUGUAUUUUCCGAAACCUCUUUCUAACAAAAGAAAUCAGGAGAUAGAUUUCGCACUUCUGCAGACUGUUGUAAAGGAUUAUUUGCCCUUCAACAUAGUGGAAAGCAAACAUUUCCAAAGUUUUGUAGGCAAACUGAAUGGUGCUUACAGAAUGCCAUCUCGGAAGACCAUUUCCAAUACGCUGCUACAACAACAGUACGCAAUGAUAAAAGAAAUUGUGAGAGCCAAAAUUAAUUCUGCGGAAGCGGUUGUGCUGACAAUGGAUGGGUGGACCUCAACUACAAAUGAGAGUUAUUUCUCGGUGACAGCACACUACGUUAAAGACCUGGAGCUGGCGUCUUCCCUCCUAGAGUGCUUUAAAUACGACGAAAGGCACACGUCAGAAAAACUCUCGGAAGAACUGCUACGUGUCACAAGGGAAUGGGGCAUUCAAGAAAAAGUCGUGUGUGUCGUCAGCGACAAUGCUGCUAAUAUUGUGGGAGCUAUAAGACUCACAGCCUGGAAACACAUCCCCUGCUUUGCGCACACACUCAAUUUAAUUGUUCAGAAUGGGCUUCCGCACAUUCAACCCAUUCUGAAUAAAGUAAAAAAAAAUGUUGAAUUUUUUAAAAGAAGUUCGCAGGCCUGCACGAAACUGAAAAAGAUGCAGGAACAGUUAAAAGAGCCAGUUCUGACACUAAAACAGGACACUGUUACAAGAUGGAAUUCAACCUAUGAUAUGCUGCGAAGAAUAAUCGAGGUUAAGAAUUCCCUAAUGACAGUUAUCACUCUGAAUUAUCCGGAUCUUCCAAAUCUGACUGCAGAGGACAUUUCAAGUGUAACACAAGCCUGUGACCUGUUGAAAGUUUUCAAAGACUGCACUGAGGAAAUGUCAAGUGAAAAUGUUGUCACUGCUUCUAAAGUUAUACUCCUUAGUCGCUCGUUGAAAAAAUGGUGUUGCAGGUUUGUUAAUAACACUGAAAUUCAUGUAGACGUGCAACAGAUGGCCGAAAAGUUAGCUGAAGACCUAAAACGACGAUUUAGAAAUAUAGAGGAAAAUUCCAUUUUCGCGGAAGCAACUGCAUUGGAUCCCCGGUUCAAAUUACAUGGUUUUUCUGAUAAAAAUUCUGCUGAGAAGGUGAAAUUAAAACUGAUCAGGCACUGUGAGAAAUUUGUGACGAACACAUCCACUGCUACUGCAACAAUCUCAGUUCCAACCACUGAAUCUACUUCCAGUCUCUGGCUCGAAUUUGAUGAAGUGUUUUCCAGGCUGCAGACUAAUCCACACCCGAGAGCUGCUGCAGUAGUGGAAGUGGACAAAUACUUACAAGAGCCCCUGCUACAGAGACAAGGCAAUCCACUUCAGUGGUGGUCUGAACGGCUGUCAGUAUACCCCUCGCUCUUUGAACUUGCAAAAAUACGACUCUGUAUUGUCGCAACCUCCACGCCGUGUGAAAGAGUGUUCUCGAAGGCAGGACACCUUAUAACUGACAGAAGAAAUCGUCUGACAGGGAAAAAAGUGGAACAAAUCAUGUUUUUAAACGGAAAUCUCUGA